UUCAGUCAGUUCAGACCUGGGAGCAGGGGAAAAAAAACCCCACACGAGCGUCCCAAACCGGCCGGGGAAGGCCCGAAGGCAGCCAGCAGCAAUGUCGUCCUCCAACGACGCUCCCCUGAGCCCUCGAUCCCAGCUAGCUCUCAGCUGCUUCGAGGAGCUCCUCGACUGCGCGGUGGCGGACGUCGCGUCGGAGUGCCACCGCAUCACGCGCCUCGGCCUGGACCGCAGCGUCGACGCCGAGGAGGAGGAGCUCCGCGUCUGGGCCACGCGCGCGGCCACUGGGUGCGAUCACCACCACCCCGGCGGCGGUGGGGCUGCCGAGGAGGGCGUGGUCGGGGGCGGGAGCAAGGGCGGGGUCGACGUGUUCGGCCAGACGCACCCCGCCAUCGCCGCCGACGUCAUCGAGUGCAUGAACUGCGGCCGCCCCGUCGUCGCCGGCCGCUUCGCCCCGCACCUUGAGAAGUGCAUGGGCAAGGGGCGGAAAGCUCGAACAAAAGUUACAAGAAGCAGUACAGCUGGGCGGACCAGAAGCAGCAACGGCAGCGCAGCUGCUACAUCCUACUCUCCAUACUCCAACACAACGAACCCUAACAGGGGGAGCGUCCCUAAUGGCGUGACUGAUGGUGGUGGCGGCACGGGUGGAGAUCACAGCAACCAUGCGCCAUAGGAGCCCUGACUCAAGGUUGCGCCUCAGCUGCCUCGCUAUGGGCCCGUGUGAAGCAGGUUCUGUUGAUAAAUGUCAUCUAUGAACCACAAGUACCUCUCCGGUAGUUACAGUCAGUGAAGGUGAGAAGGCCGAAUCUCCCGUGCAUUAGGCUCGGGACUGUUCGAGUAGAUCACCUGCUGUCUUGUUGUUCAGCGGUUUUUUCAACUUUUGUACAGCUUUGACGCUUCUAUCAGUUUUCAGUGGUUACAGUUUAUUCAGGCAAGCGUUUGACAUCCGGUGCCAAUCUUUUAGGAGGGCUGCUUAA